CGGGCAAAGAAGACGAAACAUUAUGCGUGUGCACCAAUCGGAAUUGCAGUUAGUUAGAAAAAGAGAGAGAAAAAGGAAAGAAAAUAAAAUAAACUGACAGUAACAGAUAGCGAAACAACCAAACCUACAACCGCCAUGACCGAAGAAGACCGCUCCGCCCAGGAAACCGUCCACAAUGGCGUCGCCUCGACGGAGCUAGGCGGCGAGGAGAUGGACAUCGCUGAGGUGACGGCCGCCGGAAGAGUGAAGGGACCGUGGUCUCCAGAGGAGGACGCGCUGCUGAGCCGAUUGGUGGCGCAGUUCGGUGCAAGGAACUGGAGCAUGAUCGCGCGGGGAGUGCCGGGACGCUCCGGAAAGUCGUGCCGGCUCCGGUGGUGUAAUCAGCUGGACCCUUGCGUGAAACGCAAGCCCUUCACUGAGGAAGAGGAUAGCAUCAUAGUUUCAGCCCAUGCAAUCCAUGGAAACAAAUGGGCAGCAAUUGCUAGGCUUCUUCCAGGAAGAACAGAUAAUGCAAUCAAGAAUCACUGGAAUUCUACACUGAAGCGCAGGUGUAUGGAAAUGGGAAGAUAUGUCCCAGCACAUGCUGAUGGGAUGGAAGAUGGUACUGGCAGCUUUGAUAAAACAAAAGCAUCCUCUGAAGAAACCAUGUCAAUUGGGGAUAUCAAUUCAAAGAAUCCUGCUGAAGUCAGAAAUGUCAUGAUGGAUAAUGAAAAUAAACCUCCAACAAAAGAUGAUGCUAAAGUGGAGGAACAUCCUACUCUUCAUCGACCAGUAGCACGUGUUAGUGCAUUUAGUGUUUAUAACACUCCAGGAAGGUCAACAAUGGGAUCAUGUUCAAAGAUGUUCCCAAGGCAGAGCCCUUUGAUCCAAUCCCCCAAACCAGACGUAGGAUCCUGCAAGUUAUUUGAUGAUAUUGAUUGUGAGCCCAUGGUUCCAUCACAAUGUGGUCAUGGCUGCUGCACAGGAGACUCGAGGGAAAGCCAUACGCAUGGUUCACUUCUAGGUCCUGAGUUUGUUGACUAUUUGGAGUCACCUUCCUCUAGUCAUGCAUUUAUUUCUAUAGCUACUGACUUGAACAAUAUAGCUUGGAUCAAGAGUGGCCUUGAGAAUUGUAGUACUGGAGUAACUGAGAAUACUGCAAACUUGACAGCAUCUCGAGGAGUUGCCAGUGCUUUGCAAACAAACUUCUUAGGACAAGAUCUAAAGAAUGGCUACGGGCAAUUUGAGGAGGGACAUGGCAUGUUUUUGGGUGCGAUGCAAGAAGUGUUGUCAACAAAGAUGGCUAGGCAACAUUAUGCAAUGCCUGCGGAAGUUUAACUCUAACUUAAGGUUCCUCAAUUGGAUUUUUUAUUUUUUAUUUUGAUGUGCAAGUGGAUUUCAAUCUUAGUUUGUGGCAUUUUGUGGUGGGUGGAUAGAUAGAUCAUAGAUGGUAUAAGUUUGUUUCACUACAAUCAAGCGCACCGUGUAGAGUGAGUAGCUCUUUUCGGUUUUCAUUGACUUGCAGAGUUCUUGAAUUGCAUCUUGGUAACUAUAAUCUGAAAAUAUAUAUACCAAAUUACCAAUUUGAUCUUGUA